AAAAGACGUGCGGUGUGCACCACACAGCGACAAUAAUGCUUAGCACAGGGCUGCAGUGGCUUCGAAGACAGCGUCUCGUCCUGGCGCUGGCGGACGGCCCUCUCCGACCGCAGCGACUUGUGCGAACGCGAGCUCCAAUCGCAGCGAAUUUGUGGCAGCAAAAUGCCGUACAGAGACGCAGUUUUGCGAUGCCUGCUGCCAUCCUGAACCAAAUGGACCUGUUGGGACGCCGCUACGACGAGCUGGCGCACGAACUGUCACACAAUGACGGCAGCUUCUCAUCAGACAAGAUCACGAAUCUGUCCAUUGAGAUGGCGGAGCUAGAGCCCAAAGUAAUGGCAGUGCGCGAGCUGCAGAGCCAGCAAAAUGCAGUGGAGGAACUGGACGAGAUGAUCGCCGAACAGGCGGACAGCGAAGACCCGGACGCUCUGGAGCUGCGUCACAUGGCUGAAGAGGAGCGUCGUGAGCUACUUGAGACAAUUAACAAGCUUGAGGGCGAGGUGGUGCGUCUCAUGCUCCCUCGCGAUGAAGCAGACGAUAAAAGCUCGAUCUUGGAGAUCCGCGCUGGCACCGGCGGUGACGAGGCUUGCUUAUUCGCUGCAGACAUCCUCAAAAUGUAUCAGAAGGUGGCACUGACCAAGGGCUGGAAGUUUGAGCUCAUGAGCAUCUCGGAAACGGACUUGGGUGGCGUGAAGGAGUGCGUCUGUUCUCUUACAGGUCGUGGAGCCUACGGUCGCAUGAAAUUUGAGAGUGGCGUGCAUCGUGUGCAACGUGUACCAGUGAACGACGUGCGUGUGCACACGAGUGCGGUGUCGGUCGUUGUGUUGCCUGAAGCUGAGGAAGUGGAGGUGGAGAUCGACCCCAAAGACCUCCGUAUUGAUGUAUACCGCGCGUCAGGAGCUGGCGGGCAGCACGUUAACACUACCGAGAGUGCUGUGCGUAUCACACACAUUCCUACUGGCAUCGUGGCGGCGGUGCAGGAUGAGCGGUCACAGCAUCAGAACAAGGCCAAAGCUCUGAAAAUUCUACGUGCGCGUGUGUUCGACGGUAUCCGUCGGAAACGCGAUGCUGAGCGUCAGACUAUGCGUAACUCGCAAGUGGGCUCAGGUGACCGCUCGGAACGUGUACGCACCUACAACUUCCCCCAAAGUCGCGUGAGCGACCACCGCGUGAACGUGACGGUGUUUGGCAUCGAGCGAAUGCUGAAUGGAGAGCUGCUGGACGAGAUCGUGGACGCUCUGGUGGUGGACGAGCAGAACCACCUGCUGCAACAACUUGAGACACCGUAGAUCGUAGAACAUGUAGAUCAUGUUGAAAACGUAGAACCCACUUUGCAUCGAGCGCUGAUGCGACGAGAAUGUGUGUGUGCCUUGAAGGCAAUGCAGGUGUUUGGUAGUAUUAUGGCGUGACCCAUUACCACACUCGGAGUCACACGCAUGUGUAUAGUUACAUACCAGACUCCGGUAUGUCUCGCAUAAAAAUCCAGCACAAGACGAGGAUAUCCAAGCAAUAUGGGAUGUACGAUUAGUUGAGGCGCGUAAUGAGUUACGCUAAAUAGUCGACGGCGGUCUAAAAUAUCUUGCCUACAAUAAAAUAACGAGGUGUUCUCACUGG